AUGUCCGCUAGACGUCGUCGUGGAACUCAAGCUCGGGAACCUUCUCCACAGGACUUUCAAGAUGAUCACCUCGAGGUGCGCGAUUUUUUUAAAAUGCGAUCCUGAAGGAAAAGCUUUCAGGUGAUUCCAAUAUUAUCAGGCGUUAAAAAACCAAGCAGGAAAAAUAAUCAAGGCGACAAGUAUGUUUUUAUUCUUAUUUCAACUUCCGAAAUUUUUCUCAGAAGCGAAAUGGCAACUGUUGAUUCUUCGUCAUCAGAAGAGGUUGUACCACAAGAAAGUGAGUAAAAUUACUUUUAUCUUGAUUUUUUUUUUCUCCACCAGGUAUGAAAAAUGUUCGCGUGACGCGUUCGAUGUCUGGAAUAACUUCUUCCAGAAAAACCUCUGAAGAAGUUUGUUACUUUUUUCUGGAGUUUCCUUUAAGACUGCUAAUUGAACGUCUCAGAUGCUCUCUACGCCUAUCACGCCACGGAGAAAACGCACAGCUAGUGCGGAGAAAGUGAAAAGAAAACCGUUAUUUGAGAAAAAAAAAACGCUGAAUUAAGAUGAAGGACGAAAAAAACCCUACUCAAGUCAUGGAGAUUAUCGAAGAAGAAGGCUCGAAAACACCAACCAAAUUUCCCGUGCCCGAGAAAAUCAGUUCUACGAAAAGAUCUUCGAAACAGCGCACAGUUAGAACGUAACAUACAGUUCGUCGAUGAGAGAUUCAUUCAGCCUGCGGCUACUCCUAAAAAGAGAAGAUCUACCCGCGGGACAGCUUCUGAGGAACAGACUCAAGUUCGAGAACCCGUGUUUGAUGACAUAAGUGGGAAGGAACCACGUUUCAGGAGAUCACGAGGUUUUUACGUUCUUAAGUUCUCAUCAAUAUUUUCAAACAAGAGAAGACAAUCAUAUUCAUUUGUAAAAAACAAACCGGAAAAAAUUUCUUGCAAAAAAAAUAUUUUUUUCAUUUGGAUUUCAUAAGAUAGGGAUAUAAUUUGAGGAAUAAUUUAUUUUACAUUUUUAACAGAAUCUUUCUCAAGUUUAAAAGAAAUUUGACCUCUCACAGAUUUAAAACCACGGAACUACGAGGAAGUUGUUUUUAUUGAUCUGACGGAAGAUUCCGCAGAGGAAACUGCUGAGCCAGUAUUUCAAGGAGAAACGACAGAUUUCACCACUACAAAACAGAAUGAUGGAGAACAACCUCUUGGUUUUUGUUUAUUAGCGAAAACUUCAAUUUCGUUUCUUUCUUCAGUUGUGUCCGACAUUGAGGAGAUAGAUAAUGUAUCAAGAAGAGAAUCACUCGACAGUCCGUUAGGCCCAGGUUGGUUGAACGUUGAAAUUGAUAGGUUAUAAAUCUUUCGAGGUUGAUAGGACGUCGAAAAAGCUUGUUUCACAAUUUUUCUGCUUUUCUUAUAAAGAUAUUUACAGCGGCGGAGCAUCAUCAAGUUGUGGAAUCGGAUUGGCUGAACGCUCCACAAGAUCCAUGCAACGACACAGUUCUGUCAAUGGAUUGGGAGGUGUGUUUUCCGACCAAACCUCGUAAUCGAUUUUUUAGGAAGCUCCAAAGGACUCGUUGCCCGAAAAAUGCAGAGAGUCCGAAAAAGACUUGGAGGACGAAAAGGUCACAUGCACCAAAAUAAUUUUGUUAACUUCCUUUCAAGCAUAUCGUGUUUUUCCGUCUUGUAGUUAAUAUUCUAUUUUUUCUGAGCGCUGAACAUUUCUAAGUUCAGAAGGAAAAUCGGAGUUCGGAACAUGUUCAAAUAGCUGAAGAAAGCUCUGAAGACUUGGCAGGGAAACCGGAAGAGGUCGUCUGGAUAUCUUCAAAACCUACGAAGAGUUCAGAAGGUAAGAAUGCUCGAACUUAAUCGAAUUUAUGUUUUUCAAGAUUCUCGAAAAACGGAAACGGGGGAUGACUCGAAGGAACCUCCAGUUCUUCUGUUAGAAGAAGAUGAAGAUAUCGUAGAGGAAACGAAAAAGGUAUACUUUUUUCCUGCAAAGGUGAAUCGAAAAAUCGAUAUAGUCGAUGUGCCACGACUUGAAAUUUCAUGGAACAACACUCCGCUUGGGGCCUUGUGGUCGUGAAAGCGCCUUGCCUUUGCGAAUUUACGUCGCGCUUUUCAUUUUUUCUUUCAUUUGAAAAUUUCACUGUUUUAAUUAUGUUUCAAUAGUUUUCUUCGUGCCAAACUCAUGAUUAUCAUUGCUAGUGGAUAGACUGUUUCAUUAGAAACAAAUAAAGUUGACUAAUUUUCGAAUUUUAAGCGAAAAAAUGCGUUUAUAAUAUUGAUUUCAACGUCCCUGACAUGCAACAUUCUUCUAUUUUCACUUGUAAUUUUUCAAAUCAUUUAAAAAAAUAUCCCGAUCAGAAAUAAAACACAAUGAAUGUUUCAACAUUGACGAAUUUUGUACAAAAAAAACAGAUACAUAAGUUCAAAGGAAAAAUCAUUAGUUUUCUGGACAUUUCGUUCAGCACAUCGUUUCCACUGUUCCAAGUGCCCACUGUUCACGCCCCAUUUCUGACGCAUAGUUCAGCAAUUCGACUUAUCUGAAGCUCCAUUUAAAAAAAAAGGAACCAAAAGCUUUCUUCAAAUUAUGUUGCAUUGCAAAGCUCGAAAAGGCAAUAAUCUCCUCAUAUUGAGCAUUUUCUGCAAAUUCUUGUAUUCUUGUCGGUUGAAAUUAUCAAGAAGCAUUAGCAAGAGAACAUUAAAUGAUAUUUAACCUCGAUGAAAAUUUUUUCCACAAAACGCCACAAAGACUUGUGAAGUUGAAAAUAUCGCGUCUUUAAAACCAAACGUUACUCUGCAAUUUCGAUGUCAGUGGGAUAUGAAAAACUAACCUCGUCUUAUAUCCCUAUGGAUAAGCUUCUUUCUUCCUCGCCAACCUUUGAAAUCUCGUUGAGAUUCCCUCAAUAAAAUCAUGUCCAACGGCAAUAAAAAGUAAAAGAACAAAAACAGAGGAGUCGAUUUAACCUUAUGUUGACCGAAACCGAUCUCUCUAUUUCAUUGUGCUCAUUCACGUGUUCAUUUUAUAAGGCACUCACUUUCUGAAAAAAAGAUAUAUUAACCACUGCAAACAGAAAAAAAAAACCAUGAAAACAUUAAAAAAACACAGAAACUUUUGUAGAAUAUUGUGGCGUUUAAAACCUAUUUCACCCGCAAAUCCUUUUUGUAAACCUUUGAAAACUUUUUUGAGAAACGAGAAAAACAAUAUUAAAGCGAUUGACGAAUACAUGAAGUUUUUCAAAUUUUUUUUAUCGCUUUUUUCGAGAAAGAUCAUGAAAUUUACUGUGUUCUUUCGUUUACAUUUGUACAAUACAAUCCUUCUCAAAGGUAAUAAUACAUUUUAACGGAAAAAAAAACAAGUAAAAAACGAUCAAAACUAGAAUGAAAACCAAAAAAAAAUUAGCGUGGUGGCCGAGGUUGGCAAAUUCGCAAAAAGCGCGCUAUCGCACAAAUCGAAACAGCGGAGUGUCGUUUCGUGAAAUUUCAACUUGUGGCACAUCGACUAUACAAAUAGCUACCAGGUAGCAACUUUUAAAAAAGUCAAUCGGCGUAUGGUAAUCGGUGGUCGUUUGUAUGCAACCGGGUACUAUCUCUAUAGUACCUGGGUCGGAGGUCGGUGCAAGUAGCUACCGGGUAGCUACCUGACAUUCGCGAUUUUUACCGGAUAGUCUGGAAUUGCUUCCCGGGUCGUUAUUUUUUGUUUCGGCUUUAUCCAAUAAGACCCUGGAAGACUUGGGAAGGUGUAAAAAACACUGGUGUUAAAUAAACGACCGAUGUGCCAGCCAGUGGCGAUCGCGAAUUUCAGGUACCUACCCGGUAGUAUCCGGAUACCGAUCAGGUACUAUCCAGGUACCAUAGAGAGAGUACCCGGUCGCAUACAAAUGACCACCGAUUACCAUACGCCGAUUUACUGGAGUUGCUACCCAAUACCUACUUGUAUCUACCUCUCGAUUCACCAGUGUGUUUCCGUAUAGUGUUGACCUGACCUUUAUUGGUUCUCAUCGUAAAUUGAGAUCAUGUUGAUAGUUUGAAAUUAUUUUGUAUACAAUUCAUUCGGUUUCAAUCGAGUAACGAAGGGGAUGGAACAGCAGCAAAAUAGAUUUUUUUUAAAAUAUUUUUAGGCUCAGCCGUUGAACUUAUUUAAACCUGGUAAAAAAAUGAUUAUCUGCGCCUAGAGAUAGAACAAAAUGUAUUUUUGAUAAAUUUUAGUCCAAUUUUGCGUUUGAAUUGAACGGGUAUUACUUUUUAUGUGAUAGAAACGUAGGCCUCGAGAUAAUCCUGUUUUUGUUAAAUUUGAUUAGAGUUUUAGUAUCAUAAUGCUUUUUUGAGGGGUUCAAGCAAUCUAUGGUUCUCUUCAAAAAUUAUUCUAAUUUCAUGAUUACUUCCAUCACUAAAACUUUUUUUUCCCGGAAAAGCACCAUUGCAACAUAAGAUUUUCCUAGAGUAUAGAAAAAACUAUGCUCUUGACGCUCUUAGUUAGACAUAAAUUGAAACUUGCGAGCUUUCUUUCAACCAUUAUCCCAUCUUUUCUUGAGGAUAGCGGACCAACUGUUGCAGACAUUUCACCAGAGAGUCGAAGAAAAGAUAGGCCGUACAGUUCAUAUUUUCAGUUGAUGCUUUGAAUGUUACGCAAAUUUGUUUUUUUUUUUUUCAAAAUCGCUUAUCACGUGUUCAUCGGACAAAACGAAAAUUUCUUCAAAACGCAAAAAAAAAAUUGCUUCAAAUCAAAAAUUAGUACUGUUUUGGAGCAACUUUGACGCGCCUAUGAACACGAUUUUUCGUUUUUAAGCAUUUUUCGUUUCUCCGAUGAACACGCCAUCAAGGAAUCUCCGAGCUACCUAAUGUGAGCGGAGAAACUUUUGGAUAUAAAAUAUUAUUGGUUUUUAAUUCAAUCUAUAUAGAACGUUGAUGAUGACGCCAGCGUCCAAUUCGCAGCUGAGGAAAAAAAUUUGAAUAAGGUAGUAUUUCCAUAACUUCAUAGCUUUAAAUUAUAUUUGCAGCCAAAUCAUGAAAAAUCUACAGACGAAACUUUCGAACGGUUUGAAGGGAGACUCCAGUCCGAAGAGGUAUAAAUCCUAUUUCAUCGAAUUGACGUUGGAACGUAUCUAAUUGGGUUUUAUCUGUUUUAGUCUGUUAAUCUGGGAGAAACUGGUGUUCAAGAUACUGAGCUUCCACACAAAAAAAAACAAAGAAGUGCAAAAAUGAAACGAACGAUUUUUCUGUGUUAAAUUUAUUUUCAAACAAAGUAUGUCCAUCAAAACUUGAGUUAAUUCCCAAAACCUGAAAAGGGGAUCAGGAAAAAGGGAAAAGGACGGUGUUAGACAAUCUUUUUCACAGGCGGUAUGUUUUUUUCACAGUUUCGACAUUGGAACUUUGAUUAAAUAUAUCUUGUUUGUCUUUGAGUUUGAAUUUCAGAACGGUGGUCCUGCAGAAGGAGAUUUGACGGCAACCAGGAAGAAAGGAAACAGAAAAGUUUUUUUUUCUUCAAUUCAGAAACUUUUGAAAAAACAGCCGAUAGCUAAGGGUGUAGAAAAUAAACUUUCAACAUCGGUUUCGUUUUAGGUUCACGGUUAAAACACGUUUGAUUGUUCAAACUAUAUUCAGAAAGAAUAUGCAAAUCCUACAAAGUUAAGAUUCCUUGUAAUUAAUUUAUAUAGGUAAAAGUGCAAAAAUGAAAAGUUUUUAGCAGAUAGAAGCUUUUCAUUUGGAAAAAAUUCAAGAUAACAAAUCACGGGUUCAUUUUUUUGUCGAGCAGUAAAGAUUGACUAUCAGUUGAAAUUCAUUCCGAAUACCUAUGGACACGUUCCUUAAGACAGUUUUUUCAGCGCAUGAAAGUAUUUUAAGGCAUCCUUCGGCCAAAAAAAACUUCGGUAUCCCCAGUCAUCACGGAGACACGGAGACACGGAAGAAAAGGAUCUGGGUUUAAUCCUUAUCUUUCGUGGCUCCAGCCAUAGUGACUGAGGUUACAUUGUUCUAGUUUAGCAACAUAAAGUUCGAAAGAACAUCUCAUUAUCUUCCUAAAUUUUUAUACAUGUUUGCUUCUCAGAAAUAAUUUUUAAUUUUGAUGCUUAAAAAUAUUUGAAUGGACGGGAGGUGCGAAGAAAAUAUUCAAAGUAUUUGGUUUGCAUUGUCGGCGCGACUUAUACGCGACGGCGACUGCAUUUCCCGCAUUCGCCGUCUCUGACUGUCUGCGUCGCUUCGCCUCUUCGCUGUUUUUCUCGGUUUAAUGCAUUAUCUUCUCACUGCCCGCAUUUAGUUCAGAAAUUGGAACAGAAAGCCGAAUAAGUGUUCAUCCUUUUUCUAUAAAAACAUUUUUCUUUUAGUUUUUAGACUUUUUCGCUUCUUCUUCUUCUUUUUUCUUUUAAGCCAUGUUUAUUCCAUAAAUUUUUACCCUUUUCUAAAAACCAAAAUUUAUUACACUUUUCUUUGAAUAUAAUCUUUGAGAUUUUUCAGAAAUCGAAAAGUGCCAAUCCAGUCUCAGCAGAGCAACGAGAAAAAGAACAGUUUUUGGAUGACAAAAUGAUUGAAAACGGCGUUGCGGACGUCGUUUCGAUUCCACUGAUUCCCGACUUCAAAGACUUCUUUAACAAGUUUUUUUUCUUUUAUCAUCAUCAUAUAUCAUGAAAAAGAAAUGCAAAGAAGUUAUGUUUUUUUGCGGAAAAAAGAACUUCGCGAAACUGAUCUACUUCAGGAAUUCGGUUUGUAAACUUUCAUAUCCUUUAUUCAACUUUUCGAUUCAAAUAAAAAGAAUCAAAUAAAACAGGUGGACUUGUUAUUAUUCCUUUUUUCCUUCUGCUCGUAACAGAAAUUACGCUUUCAGUCACGGCAAGUACGGCGAGCAACUCGACGAGGCCAUCAGAAGCGUUUUCGAGUUUUCGUGCAAAGUGGCGCCGCAACCCGACGACUUGCCAUUGCCGUUCAUCUCCAACCAUGAAGAAGUCGUCUGGUCUUACGUCAGCCACAAAGCCAAGCAGCUCAAGGGAUUUUGCCGCAGAAACAAAGUAUUCACCCUCCUGUUUUUAUUUGAUCGAAGUUUUAUUCAGGUUGCUCUCGAUGAGAUUUUUGCCAAGCACCUUUUCCUUGAAGUGGAAAAUGGCCCAGAAACUUUUGAGAACGACGCUGAAGAUGAAGAAAAUUAUCUGGAUGAAGAAGGGGAGGAAGAUGAGGAACACCAAUCGGAUUACUCUGAUGAAAGUGGUGAAAUGCCGAGUAAUGACUUGGAAGACAAAGAUCUCUUCAGCCUCAAGUGCGCAUAAUUCUCAAUCGCAUCAAAUCUUUACAUCAAUUUGCAGACCGGAAGACCUGGUCAACUUGGAACGAGAGCUGCAAGAGAUGGAAGACGAAGAAGACCAAAAUGAGGGCCAAGAAAGUGAAGACAACUCGGAAAGGGACAAGAAACAUUACCCGAAGAGCGUAGUCGAUGAUCAGUUCUUCAGGUUUUUUGUCUUUUCUUUGUUCUAAAAUCAGUGUUUUUUAGCCUUGCGGAGAUGAACGACUUUCUCGAUCGGAUGGAUCGACAAGAAAUCGAAGACGAUGUCCUCGUAUCUGAGGUUUGUUGUCGGAUCAAGAACUUACCGUUUUAUUGCUCAUGGUAGAGUUCGCAUUCUGGAACGGCCGACUAUCGAUACGAAGACUUUUUUGGAAAGCGUGAAGCUGUUCCAGAGGCUCCGGUCGAGAAGAAAAAGCUGAAGAGGAAACAUGCGGAUCCGACUCCAAAGAGCGAAAAGUUUGUUUCUUUCCGAGUUAUUUUUUUUUCAUAGUGUCAACUUGGCUCAAAGUAAGAUUUUUGUUUUAUGAGUUGAAAGAAAAAUUGACAGGAAGAAGGUGCGUUUCGCCGAAGACGUUCUAGGAGAUGGCGAAUCAGAAGAAGAGAACGAAAAGGAAGUUCCUGUUCUGUUGGGAGACAAAAAGGAAAAGAAAAAAUCCAAGUUCGAGCAACGGCAAGAUAAGGUUGCUUCCUUUGGACGGCUUACCAAAUUUUAAUCUUUUAUUUUUUCGAUCUUUUGUCACAAACUUAUGAAGAGCUAUUUCUGAUAAGGGAGAGGCAUUUAGAAGUUGCAGCGAGUUUUAAUUUCGAGUAUUGUUGAUUUGCAGCUGCAAGAAAGAAUCGAGGCACUGGAAAAAGAGAACUUGCAACCGCGCAAGUGGGAACUUAGCGGGGAAGUGACGGCCGAGGGACGCGAGGAAAAUACUUUGCUCGAGACUCACGUCGAGUUCGACCACGGCGCCAAAAGAGGUCGGACCCCGCUUUUUCCUCACUAAAAACUUCCUUUUUCAGCCCCCGAAGUCACUGAGGACUUCACUACAAAGCUCGAAGAAAUGAUCAAGCAGCGGAUAAAGGACAAGAGUUUCGACGACGUGAUCCGUGUGCGAAAAGAGGAAGAAAAACCGACGACGUUCCGCGUCGAUCCUCUCGAAGAGACCGAAGGAACCAAGAAGAGCUUGUCUGAAGUCUAUGAAAAGGAGUAUCAGAAAGCUGUCGAGGUGCCUCUGAAAAAAAGUUUCAAACUUUUUUUUUCCUCAGAACGGAAGCUCUGAGCCGAAGAAGAACGAAGCACACGAAGAAAUUGAAAAAAGGCUCAAAUCCUUGUUCCACCUCGUCGAUUCUUUGUCCCACUUCGAAUAUACUCCGCCUCAGGUUUUUUUAAAGCUUUUUCUAUUCGGGUUCUUCUCAAUCAGCUACUAACUAUCCAUAUGAUGCCGAACUUCUCAUUGAGACGCUUUUUUGACCACAGUAUUUUUUAUAACUGAUGAAGUUUUGAAAUUAGAUUUAUUUCGAAUAAAAAAAAUGCUGUAUAUCACUUUCAUUACAACUUGAAUAUUUUUAUUUCCUGUGUCUAGGUUCUUUCACUUGUUUCUAUGAUUUAACGGCAAUAAAACAGACGUAAAAAGUUCAAAAAGUUACAAAUUUUUGCGAAUGAGCUCUAACAGGACUUUAGGAAGGUUUGAUAUAGCCUGCAGAGAACAUCUAGCUCGGAGAGACUCGAUUCUCCUCCUUUAUCGAAGUUUUAAUCUGGUAUUACCUCAAUAAAGAGGCUUCAGUGAUAAUUUUGGCAAUCAAAUAAUAAAAAAAACAAUUGGAAAAUUUUCUUUUUCCCUGCUAAUCAGUGUCACCGUUUCUCUAUGUGUGUUCCAAACCGACGAAAUAUCAUUCUCAGUUUAAAAGCGAAAAGGGGAAGACUGUUUCCUGAAUUAAAAAUUAAUUCAUGUGUCGAUGAGAAUAUUGGAAGAUACAAAAAAUUGUGUUUUGAGGUUUUUGCGAUUUUCAUAAAAUUUUCCUCUGCUUUUUUUUUUAUUGAAUGCUAUAGUUUCUCUGAAGUUUUUUUUUUGCUUUGUAAAUCCACGGGUAUUUUUAUCAUUAAUUUUUUGGGAUCUGUGUUCUUCUAACUAAAUUUUUUUAAGGCAGUAGACGACGUGAAGAUAGUCUCGAACAUGGCGUCGUUGCGUGUAGAGGAAGUGGGAAUAAUGGCAUCGACGGACUCGGAUUUGCUGGCACCUGAGGAAGUGAAAAAGAAGGCGAAGGGCGAGGUGAAGGCUCACGAGGAGAGGACCAAGACAGACAAGUUGCGGGCUCGUCGCAAGAAGAAGACCAAGCAACGGCUCGUUUUUUUUUUAAAGAAAGAAUGUGGUUAGAAAAAUUUAACGUGAAGAAGUAGUUUCUAAAUUAGUGAAUUUUCCGGGAGUUUACACCUGUUUCCUUUAUAGUCGCAUACUGAAGUUUCAAUUAGUUACUGUAGACAGUUCUCAAUUUUUUUCGUUUUGUUAUAAUAGUGAUCAGUGGAAAGGAAGAUGGGAUCUAAGAAAACAAAAAUAAAAAGAAAUAAAAAAUAUGAAGCUUCAGUGCCCUCGUGAUGAAAAUGGGCGAAGAAAAAGUUUUUGGCGAGCAGAAGGCGUUGAAGCUGAAGAAGAAGAAAAAAGAGAAAGGAAUCGGACAGCAGGAGGAAAAGUUCAAAACUAGUCAAUUCUUUUCCAAGCUUCAGAGCACUGUGCAGCAGGUUUUCCCCUCACUUGGUUAUUUCAAAAUAUGGUUUUUUUUCAGGAACUGAAAGAGAAAAAAAAGAAAAAGAAGGUCAUUUCGAGCACAAUAGAUGGUAACAGUGCCAAAUUCAAACUUUAGACUUUCUUAGCAUUGUUGAUCUUUUUCAUGUUGUUAUUGUUUUCUGUUAUUGUUUUAUUGUUUUGUUUUAAAAUUUUGAAUAAAAAUAAGAAAUUUUUUAUGUUUGACGGCUGAACUUGAGCGGUUCGAUUCUCCGCGUUGAGAACUUUCUAUUCUAAUCUUCAUUGUUUCUCCUUCAACUUUAUCUAGACUAGGGUGGAGCCAUGAACUACGGACCUCCAGGUGGUCCGACAGGCGCGGUGGGCGGAGCCAACGCGGCAGGUAUGAUGGCCUAUCCCGGUGGCGGCCUCGUCAUGCCCGGCAACGCUAUGAACAUUCAGCAACAGCCACAGCGUCUGGUAUUAUUUCUUUUCCUCAUACCUAUGAGGAUUCGCAAAGUUGAAUUUGGAUUUCGAUGGCUAAAGCUUGUCACAGUAACCGUGAGCAUUUAGAGGGAAUAUUUUUCCCGUUUGUUUGAAAGAACGUCAUUUUGUUCAUAAUUUGAAGAUAAUUUAAAGCACCUUCCUAUUUUCGUUCUUUUUACUCAUCUGUUGGUCUUGUAAGUUUUUACAAAAAAGGUGAAAACUUUUUUAAUUGAUUCGAAGAGAGUUUUUCUCCCUAAAUUCGCGUAAGAAAAAAAAGAAGAACUUUUUUUAUCCUUAAUAUAAUUUAUUUUUUUAUUGCCAUAAAAGUAGAAAAAAAUAUCGAAACAAGAAUUAUAAACUUUAAAUGGAAGAAAAAUUUGAAUAAAAUUGUGGAAGAAUCCAAAGUCUUCACCUUUGCCUCUUGAUUUUUAUUUUUCCUUCACAUGAGAUUAUAUAAUUUGUGACAUUGUAGACGCCUGCGCAGCAGCAACAGAGACUCCAACAAAUGCAAAUGUACGGACAACAGGGGACUUCGAACAUGAUGAACGCGCCCCACGGAAUGAUGCAACGUACAGUAUCCUCCAAAACUUUCCAUACAAGUUUCUUUUUUCAGAAAACCCAGCCAUGUACAGUCAGCCGGGCCAGCAAGUACCUUAGUUAGUUUUUGUUUGUUUUUUUGUUUUCAAAUUUUUUGUCGUUAUAGUAUUCUUUCCUCUUUUAGCUAGGCGCUCACAAGAGGAAAGUGAUUUUACUUUGUGGCCGGAGUUUUUUGAAAAUUGGUCAAAAUUUUUUUUCUGAAUACUAGAUGAAAACUCUCCAAGUGUUAAUCAGCAAUACCUCUCAAAAAAACUUAGUCGAAAAAGGCUGUCAAGAUCCAUCUAGUAAUUUUGAGAAAGUUCUCAAACGCAAAUUAAAAUUAAAUUUUUCAUCUAGUAUUUUCACAUUUACUUGAUUUCUCAUAGUGAACAUUCUAUAACUCUUGUGACUUUUAACUGGGUUGUAGUAUCUUUCCGUGUUUACCAUACAAAACUCUGUCUAGUUUUCAUUUCAUUUUAUUUUUUUGUUUUCAAUCAUGACGAUAACCGGUGAAAAAUAAUUCAUGAGAUUUCAGCGCUAGUUGAAAUUUUUCCUCUGUUACCUAAUUUUUGUGAACUGGCGCGUGUUUAAUCAUUUAAAAAUUUUUUUCAUUUUUUUCCCCCAGUGGGCAAAGGUUUCCGAACGAAGCCGCCUGGCGCCAACAUCAACAGCAGCAGCAACAACAGCAAAUUCAACAGCAGCAGAUGCAACAGCAGCAGAAAGAUGGCACUACGGACCGCAAAAAGGAUGUACCAGAACUUCAACAUGAACGAUGUACGUCAAAACUCCCACCCCCAUUUCUUCAAAUCUCAUCCAAAUCAAUUCUCAUCGAAUUUUUAACUCCUUUUUGGGUAAAACUUUAAUCCGGAAAAUAUACAUAAGCAAUAACUUUUUCAUUAAAAUAUAUAUAACGAUUACACGCUAUUAAAUCUUUGAAACUAUUAUAUAUAUACUUUUAACUAACUCAUUUUUAAUCAUUACUUCGUAGGAAUUAACUAUAGCUAAAGAAUAAAAAUCCACAGACGGAAUCAUGAGCAGCAGUUUUGUCUUCUUUAAUGAACGGAAGUUUUCCAGAAACGGAUGGUUCAUCCUAAUGUUGGCGCUCCUCCCGGGCAAAUUAUGGUCCCUACAGGUUUGAAAUGGCUGAAACGCCGAAAAAUAGAGUAAGAAUUCAGGCAUGAUGCGUCCUGGCAUGCACCAGAUGCAGUACGCCGGUGGACCGAUGCCCAUGAAUUCUGGGGGUCCUCAGGUCAUCAACAUGAACUCGUAAGUUAGCCUUCAGAGUUUCUUUCACUCUUCUCCUUGCAGUCGAAUGCAUGGCGCCCAGCAAAUGAGCGUUCCGAACGUGCCCCAGAUGACGUCGGCCGGCGGCUUGAUGCAGCCUCAACCCAAUGCCAAUCAAAUUCCAGGCGCCAGUCCCAAGGUAAUUUCUAAUUGCUCUCACGUUUCCAGAGUAAUUUCAUGGGCACUUUGAAGAAGAUCCUAUUUUCCAUAGUCUACGUUUUUAUUUAAAAUUGAAAUUGAAAAAAAAAAACGACUCUGAAAACUGCCCUUUUUCUGAUAUAGACUCUUCGCUAAAGGGAAACGCCCUAGGCGAAUGAAAGAUUUUUCGGAAACUAAAUACUCAACUUUUUCCGAUUUCUGGCUAUUAUGCAAUUCAAAAGAAGACUUUCUCCGAGAUACGGUCCGAAUACUCGAUAAAAAUGAAAAAAACUCGAAGUUCAGGUUACCAAUGUUGGAUCCCCGCACACGAUGCAUCAACAGCCACAGCAUUCCUCGCCCCAACUUGCCCAACAAUUACAACCAGCCACGCCUCGUACGUUUGCAGUUUAGUGUAGCCCUAACCUUUCCUGAUGAAGAAGGCGGACCGGCGUCCGUUCAAGCCCCAGGCAGCGUCGGGGCGCUGUCAGGUGGUCCCGGAAGCCAGCAACCGGCGUCGAACCAGCCCGAGGAGAGAUCCGCCGAGUACACGGCCUUGGUAUCCAUCUCUCCUCCAGCCAACCAUUUUCCUCGCUUUCAGCUGAAAGAGCUGCAAACGCUUUAUCUGGACCAACUUCGCCGAAUAAGUGACCGCUGCGCAGUCGACAGCGGUCCCAAACCGAAGGGUUUGGAGCGGGUCAUGGAAGUUCUCGAGGAAAAAAGGUCUGUACCACGUUAAUAUGUGUAAUCCUGAAAAAAAGUUGAGAAUCUUGAAGUUAACGCAAGAUGAGAACGACAAAAACCGCCCAAAAAUACUUUUUUUUUUGGCAAAUUUUCUAUGUGAGCAUUGAUUAUAUUUUCGAAAUUCACAGCUGUUCGCCAAAACUUCCGUAAACUGAAAAAAAUCAAUCAAAAAAAACUCUGGUGAACAUAUAUAUAUAUAUAGUUAUGUGGAACACUUGGUACUUGUGAGACUUGAGCAUCACCUAUGAUAAGUUCUGACGGCCUCCCAAUUAUUUUAUUUUCAGGACAGUUCGUUACCAACUUUUGCAAGGUUUGCGACCACAAAUUCGUGAACUUGUGGAAAAGGAAAGUUUGACAUAUCCUCUGAUGGAUGUGCUGAGGAAAAAGCUUGUCCCCAGUCACAAAUACGAAGAGAUCCUGAACCCCUCUUCGCCGGAGAAACUCUUCGACGACGAAACGAACGACGCAGUGCCGACAAGGCUGGACCCGUGGCAAUCCAUCAGCCACAUGCGGAUCAAGUGGCGCGAUACCGUCUUUUCGAGUCCAAUAGAAGCUUUUCAGAGUACCAGAAAAUGUGAGAGAAAUGAUAAAGGUGGCGGUAGAGGAGGUGACGAGAGAAGACACCAGGAAAAGAGUCCGCGACGAGGCUUCCGAGGAGGAAUUCCACAAGCGGAAAGUCGCCCGAAGAAGUAUGUUUUCCUUUUUCUUCUUUUUGCACAAAACGAGAGCGAUUAAUUGAGUAAUCUCUAAAGUCGUAAUAUUAUUUUUUGUGAUUUUUUAAUCCCUCUAAAAAGCUUAUUAUUUUUGAAAGUUGAGAAUUAUAGUGAAGUUUGAAUAGGUUAUUACUACACUGGUUAGUUACUGCAAGCCAUUGUCGGUCCGCUUAUCAAUUUCUCGUCGUUUCUUCCUUUUUUAAAUCAAAAAAAGCUUGUAGCUUUUUGUGAACAUUGUAUGUCGCGUGUUUUUAAACCAUCGAAAGCUCAAAAGUUAUGUGCUUUUUACUACGUAGCAACUACUUUCUUCACAGGAGAGCGACACUUUGGCGUUCCUCGUACGAUUUCUCCCAGCGAAGACCCUCGUUUCAUGGUAAUUCGUCUUCGUUUUUCCGACUGUUGACUCAAAACUCUCAGAUCGAUUGCCUUUUCGAUAAGCGUGUCCCUUGGAUAAUGCCUUCAGAAGCUCGUGCGGAACUUGUCAAAUGCCCUUGGCGCGUUGACGAACUCAAUUUGCCGACGUCUUCUUCCUGUCCCGCCGUCAUCGUGUGCAUUGAGCCGGAGAAUGUAUGACGAAGUAUUAAUUUUUCCACGUGACCUUGAGCUUUUCAGAUGCUCUGUGAACCACUCAGACUCAUCGUUCCUGCAGCGUACCCCGCGGAGCCGGCCAGCGUCCAGUUCGACAGAUCUUUCCCACUCGAGAAGGGUGCGAAGAUCAAUCCUCUCGAAGCGGUCAGCCAGCUUUUUUCUCCUUUCAAAAAAAAGUUCUGCGUUCUGAAACUUCAAACGUUGCAGUACGGAGCGGUUAAACUUCUCAAAAUGACAUUAAACUAGUCGUUUAUUUUUUUUCACCUUUUUUAGAGGUAAACACGAACUUUUGUAUGAAUUCGAAACAAACAGAGAGUUUCAAUUCUAGAACUGUUUUCCAUUCAUGUAACUUCUCUAUUUUUCCCUUGUGAUGCUUCUCAAAUCUGAUUUUUUUUGUGUUCAAAGUGACUCGCGAAAUUCGAAAUAGCUCGCAGAGAGUGCAAAAGAAACUAAAUUUAGAGGGACAGAGAUAAAUAUGCAUUUAACGGAAAUUAUUUUGAACACGGCUUCAAUUCGUGAAGCUGAUAAAUGUAGAUUAGAGUUUUCAAAAAGUUCAACUGCUUGAAGUGGAAAAUUUUCAGAUAUUUGAGAAGCACCUGGCGCAGCAAUCGAAGCCGUACUCUAUCACGAGCUACUGCUUGGCCUUCAAAGAAGCUUGUGCAGAGCUUCUCAAAAAACGCGAUAAUUUGAGGACAAAACUGUCAGACAAUGCGUUCGGCGACAAAAAUGUUGUGAAACGGUAA